AUGGCUAUAAUUUUCUUGAUUUGUUGGUGUGGAGAGUUCAUUCAAACCACCAGCACCCAGAUAUGUGAUAUGGUAUACUCCAGCGAAUGGCCAGACAAUGCGGAGAUGAAGAGUUUUAUACUCAUUAUACAGUUGAGAAGUAUCAAAUCUAUAAAACUUAAUUUAGGGGGCUUCAUGGUAGCUUCUUUCGAAACUUUUGGAAAUAUCUGUAGCUCUGCUUUUUCAUACUUUAACCUCAUGCUUGCAGUUAAUUAA